AUGAUCAAAAAUAUUCUGCUUACUUGCUUCUAUGGGAUUAUUGUUAUCUUAAGUUUGAUUUUAAUUUACGUUCAAAGAAAAAUCAAAAGAUUAAGGCAUAACCCUGGCCAAAUUAUCUUUGCAAUUCUUGUUUCUCAAUGUAUUAUGAGUCUCUUUAUUGUGUUCAGUCAAUUUUAUAAUGUCGAAGAUUCUUAAGAUUAAUAGGAAUAUAUGUUAUCAAUCAAUGAAAGCAUUUGUAAAUUAAUUGCAGCGCCGUCUUUGAUGGUCUCACUUAUUUACAAUUUAUUGAAUAUAUUACUGAUAGUGAACCUCUAUUGCUAAAUAUAUGCUAAGAAUUAUGAUGAAAUCAAUAUACAAAAAGAAAUCAAGAUAGGAAUACUAGUAGUGACAUUUACAUCUUUGUUACUUGUGCUGGUAUUUGAUGAAUUAGGUUUUAGGAGAUUGCAACUUAGAAUCACACAAUGUUUUUGCAACAUUUUUGGUCUAUCUAAGGAGCGUUCUUAUUAUAAUUUUAUCUACAAUUACCCACCAGAGAUCUUGUAAACAGAAAUUUAUAAAACCGUUAUUGAUAAGUUCAUAAAGAAGUACCUACAAACCUACAUCAAAGUAAAUGUGGCUUAUGGACUGCUAUACGUGUUCGCCAGAUUGUUGAUUCCAGUCGUAAUUAAUUACUUUGAGAGCGAUCAAAAAUUUACAUCUGUUUGCCAAUUCAUCCAGGUGAUUGCUACUUUAAUAAUGACUAUAAUCCGAUUGCAUGAACCUAUAAUCCAUAGGCACUUUAGACAUUUAUUUCUUCCAAAAAAAUUGGUGUUGCAUCAGAGACUGCUUGAAAAGAAUUUUGACGAAAAGGAAGAUACUCUCCAAAGGUCUUAUGACAAUAUAAAGAUUGAGACUAUUGGACAAGACAUAAACAGCAUCGGAAUUAAGUUGUACAGGUAAAAAAAGAGCAAUUCAAUUUUAUUGUCCUUGGAAUAGUUUUAGCCUCUUUAAUUGUUGCCUCAAGAAUCAACUUAUGAAGAUCCAUAAUAGUAUUUAGUGAGCAUUUAACAUCAGGGUCAUAAUCAAUUGAGUUUAUUUUUAUAGGCAAGUUAUGAGAUGUUUGAAGAGUAUCAAUAUUGUUAAAAUGAUGAGAUGACCAGUUUUUCAUUUAACAAAAUGUAAUAGAAAUCUAUUCAAAUAAACCAUCAUGAUCUUUUGAUUACAACUUAUGGUUAAGAUAUUCUGAGUUACAAAUUGAGAGAAUACUUUGGCAUUACUUUGAAAUAAAUAAAGAAAUCAUUAGACAAAGAAUAGAAUAUAGAAUGUCUGAAAUAAGAAGAAGUUAAUUAUGUAGGAACUCUGUUUUUAACGCAUGAUAAUUUGAUUUCCAUGGAAUUUAUAACAAAUGAGCAGAAAAGACAAUUAACUAAAGGUGGAGGGAUGUAACAAUUGUGGUCAAGAUAUGAGUAGGAGUUUAUAUGUGAGUUGGGAAUCUUCUUGCCAGUAAUAAUAGGUUUGCAUUCUUAUUAUCUCGAUGAUAAUUAUUAUACUUUGGUAUUUAAAUUGAAUAGAUUUAAAUUGAAAUACCCCUUAAUUGAGGAGCAAUGGUCACAAUAGUUUGUCUUAAAUAGGUUAAUUUCUUAAAAUAUCAUUGGCUGGAUAACCAUUGACAAUGGAAUUUAUAAUAAGAGAUUUCUAGCAAGAGAAGUUUCAGAUGAGAAUUAUAAGAUUUUACUUAAAAGGAGUGACUAUUUAAUUGAUGAAAAUGAUAAAUACUCUCUCAUAGAUAUGAUAAAACGAGAUUACGUCACUUUAUAAUAAAUGAAAUGCUCGAUGACAAUUCAUUUUAUAUUUACAAAGCAUACAUCAUCAAGAUUGAAGACUCUAGUAAGAAAGGAGAAAUUAAUUGAUUAAGAUUAAUCGAUUGAAACAUAACCUAAACGACAAUCCAAUUCUUAUAUUGGACAAAUGGCAUCUUUUGAAUUGAAGACAAAAUUAGGAUACGUUGAAGUAUUUUGGGAUGAUUGUUGGAAAUAUUGUGAUUCAAACAUUGAUAAAGUUUUGGAAAUCAUCAAUAAUAAAUUCUGA